AUGCAGAUGAGGUCUAGCCAUGAUCUGGAGCUAGAAGAAGAUUGCGGAACGUCGAAGCUUGAACGUAAGUUUGCGGGGUUGGUGCCCAAUCCAACACUGGAACCUCUACUUCAUGUCAAUCAAGGAUUGAUGCGAUUCUUACCCUCCAGUCGCCUUACUGCAGAAGAGGCACUUGAUAUGCUGGGCAACCUUCAAGAAUAA